GAUCCUCAGAAAGCUGAAUGAGGUGGGAGGAGACUGGAUUAGCAGCACAUCAUAGAGGAAGAUAUUAUCUCUGUUGUUGGCUUCUCGUGCAAGCUGAUUCCAAGCUAAAAGUCUCAUUCUGCUGGAGUUGACAAGAUACGGGUAGAUACCCCCGAGAAACUUGCUUACUUCUUGCUUUUUGGAUCCAAGCAAGCACAAGAUCCGACCACAACAUGCCCAGUCAGCUCCAGUCUCGCAACGCGGCAAGUGUCGGCAGUAGGAACAACCAUCACCACAAGAAGAAGAAAACCAAUUUGGCCACCAUGGCGUGGCUCUGCCUGGCGUCGUCCUCCUCGGUCACCACGGCUUUUUCCACCAAAAGUGCCUUUUUGCGCGCCACGGCCCAACGAACCGUCGUCUCGUCUUCGGCUUUCAAGCCUCGAUCCUUGUGUAGUCGUCGUCGAACAUCCACAUUGGCCGUCACCACGUCUCCCGAUGCCACAAAGAGCAAUAAUUACGAUGUCACCAACCAAGAAGCCGGAUUGUUGGGAAGUUACGAUCCGACAUCCUUUGAAACCGAAAUCUACCAAUGGUGGGAAGGGGCCGGAUGUUUUCAACCCGAUGCCAAACAAGCGAAAAAGAGCAAUAAAAAACAACCCUAUGUGCUACCCAUGCCACCUCCCAAUGUCACGGGACGAUUGCACAUGGGACAUGCCAUUUUUGUCGCCCUCCAAGAUGUAUUGGCGCGAUUUCAUCGCAUGAGAGGUCGUCCCGUGCUCUGGUUGCCAGGCACGGACCACGCUGGAAUCGCCACACAACUGCAGGUGGAAAAACAAUUGAUUGCCGAAGGAACCAGUCGCGAAGAUGUCGGUCGAGAGGAAUUCUUGCGACGGGUAUGGAUGUACAAGGAAGAACAGGGUGGACACAUUACCCGGCAGUUGCGAUCCCUCGGGGCUUCGGCCGAUUGGAGUCGAGAACGAUUCACCAUGGACAGUGACCUCAGUGAUGCCGUUUCCGAAGCCUUUGUCCGAUUGCACGAAAAGGGACUGGUCUAUCGAGGAGAGUACAUGGUCAAUUGGGCGCCCUUGUUAAAGACGGCCGUCAGUGAUCUGGAAGUGGAGUAUUCCGAAGAGGAAGGGAAACUAUACUACUUCAAGUACAUGGUGGAUGGUAGUGAAGAGUUCCUCCCGGUGGCUACGACUCGUCCCGAGACUAUCUUUGGAGACACGGCUGUUUGUGUCCACCCGGAGGAUGAUCGCUACAAACAUCUCCUUGGAAAACAGGCAGUGGUACCCAUGGCUGGUGGUCGCACCAUUCCCAUUAUUGCCGAUGAAUAUGUCGAUAGAGAGUUUGGAACCGGGGCGCUCAAGAUUACACCUGGUCAUGAUCCCAACGAUUACGCCAUUGGAAACAAAUACAAUUUACCAGUCAUCAACAUUAUGAACAAAGAUGGAUCCCUGAAUGCCAAUGCCGGAGAAGCAUACGAUGGACUCGACCGGUUCGUUGCCAGAGCCAAACUCUGGGAGGAUAUGGAAGCCGAAGGCCUUGUCAUCAAGGCCGAACCACACACGCAACGUGUCCCCAGGUCCCAGCGCGGUGGUGAAGUGAUUGAACCGUUGGUGAGUAGUCAAUGGUUUGUCAAGACAGAGGGGAUGGGAGCCAAAGCCCUCAAGGCUGUCCAAGAUGGAGAUAUCCAAAUUGUCCCGCAGCGAUUCGACAAGACGUGGAAUAAUUGGUUGACGGAUAUUCAUGACUGGUGCGUCUCCAGACAGUUGUGGUGGGGUCACAGAAUUCCUGUCUGGUACGUGGGUGAGACGGGAGAGGAGGAAUACAUUGUUGCCCGAAAUGAAAAGGAAGCCAGGGAGAAAGCCACCGAACAAGGACAUUCGUCGGAUGUUGUCUUGCGUCAGGAGGAAGAUGUGCUGGACACGUGGUUCAGCUCUGGUUUGUGGCCGUUUGCAACUGUGGGCUGGCCUCAGUCAGAGGGAGACGAGGAUUCUGAUCUUGCUCGUUUCUACCCUGGUACUUGCCUCGAAACGGGCUACGAUAUUUUGUUCUUUUGGGUCGCUCGGAUGGUGAUGAUGGGCAUUGAACUCACUGGCAAGAGCCCUUUCAGCGUCAUUUAUUUGCACGGUCUCGUUCGAGCUGUUGAUGGAACCAAAAUGUCGAAGACCAAGGGAAACGUCAUUGAUCCUCUUGAUACCGUAGCAGAGUACGGGGCCGACAGUCUGCGCUAUUCUCUUGUUACGGGUGUUACCCCAGGGCAGGACAUUCCUUUGAAUAUGGAGAAGAUUGAGGCCAAUCGCAACUUUGCUAACAAACUUUGGAACUGCUGCAAGUUCGUUACUGGUAAUGCCCUCAAAGACAUCUCGGAAGAAGAAAGAAAAGAACUGAGCGUGAAGGGUCCUAUCACAAAGGAAGAAUUGGAAGCCAUGCCCCUACCAGAGCGAUACAUUAUUUCCAAGUGCCAUGCGUUGGUUGCAAGUGUCACAGAACAGAUUGAAAACUACAACCUCGGUGCUGCAGGUAGCCUCGUCUACUCGUUCUUGUGGGAUCAAUACGCUGAUUGGUACAUUGAGAUUUCAAAAACACGCCUCUACGAAGGUUUGGGAGGAACCAAUGAGGAAGAUGCCAAGCUAGCCCGAAAGGUUUUGGUAUACAUUUUGGACACGAGUCUCCGGCUACUGCACCCUUAUAUGCCAUUCGUGACGGAACAGCUGUGGCAUCAUUUGCCAAGAGCAGAUGCCACCGCUGACCAAAAGGCUCAUUCUCUUAUGCUCUCUGAUUGGCCCCAGUUGGACGAUGAAUCGCCUCUCGUGACAUCUGACGAUGCAGUAAGUAAAUUCGAGUCCUUCCAGGCACUGACAAGAAGCAUCCGGAAUGCAAGAGCAGAAUACAACGUAGAGCCUGGAAAACGAAUCAGUGCCGUGAUUGUUGCUGAGAAAUCCAUACGGGAAGAAGUCGAGAAAGAAGUCAAUUCACUUGUAGCACUUGCUAAACUGGAAGCAUCGGGGGUGGUGUUUUGUGAGCCAGGUUCUGAGGAAGCCAAGGCCGCCGCUGUUGAUUCCGUACAGCUCGUUGUACAAGACGGCGUUGAGGCUUUCUUGCCUCUUUCAGGUCUUAUUGACCCUGAAAAGGAGAGAGCCAGACUGCAAAAGCAAAACGAGAAGCUCCAGAAAGAGAUUCAAAAGCUAGCUGGACGCCUGAAGUCGAAGGGUUUCGUAGACAAAGCGCCUGAAGCCGUUGUCGACAAGGCGAAAAAGGAGCUUGCGGAGCUGGAAGAUCAGGCCCAAAAGGUUCAAACGAGCUUAGAGGCUCUCCCUACACCGUAAAUGAGACCGUAUGUUUUCAAUGCAAAGAACCAAUCUAUCUACUAGCUAGUUGGACGCUCUUUCAUGGUGCCAAACUACUUCAGAGCCAGCACACAGGAAGGUCUUUUGCAGUGAUUGAGGAAGCAAAUACCAGAAGAGUUAGUCAUGGAAGCAACCCGUCCCAUCCCAGUGACAGAACCUCGCUAUGCCGUCAGUGUCUCAAUUUAUCAGGAGUCCGAUCCUCAUUGCAAGAGUGGUUGAGACUUUACUGGACAACAACGAAGCAGUCUCUGGCAGAAACGGAGCAAGAGUCCAAACUUUGAGGAGAAAACCAACAACGGAACAGGCACUUUAUUAGUUGCCACAACAAAACAUUUUGGAUCUGGCUUGCUGCAAUAAAUAGAAUAAUCUCCACGGUCACCACCUCCUCCUUCAAACGCUUCUGGGCAUCCGUUGUCACUAUCACGAGCCCACUUCGAAGUUUCCCCAUCACCAUUGUUGGACUAUUCCAAUGAACAGCCAUACUCCUGUAGCCACUUCAAAAAAGUUGCAAAAUGGGCACCUUCGGCAGCUGCUGCGUGUAUAUUCAUCCCAUGGACAUCCAUUCUCAUGGGCCCACUGUAGCUAGCAUCGCCAUGCGUCCAUUUCUGGCUGUUCGAUGGCAUGUCCGACUAUUCCAUGGACAUUCGUUUUCAUGUGCCCACUUUCACAACUUUCAGAUGUCCCUCUCUUGCAGCACUUUCACAUGUGCCUUCAUCACAAGGACCUCCAUUCUCAUUUCAGAGUUUCUGAAUGACCACUACUGGCUGCUUCUUCACAACUUGUCCGGCAUACCAUGGGCGGCCAUUCUCAUGCGCCCACUUCAGAGUUUCCAAUGGCCAGAUUCAGCAGGAUAAGUGCAUGUCCACCAAGUCUACUGGCAUCCAUUUUUCACGUGCGCAUUUCAAAACUGCCGAGUUCCCACCUUUAGGCGUACUAACUGCUGCACUUGAGCAAGCGAAUACAUCAAAUGUGCAACCAUUCUCACCAGCCCACUUCAGGAUGCUAAGGUGCCCACUGCUGGCAGCUUCCAAGCAUGUCCUUUUGUCCCAUGGAAAUACACUGGCACGAGCCCACUUCAGAACAUCCAAAUGGCCAUUUCUAGCAGCAGGCUUGCAUGUAGAUGCAUUCCAUGGACAUCCAUUCUCAUGAGCCCACUCUAGAAAUCCAAAGACCCACCUCCAGCAGCAUAUGCGCAUGUCCAUGAAAUCCAUGGAUACUCCUUUUGCCGGACCCAUUGAAGAACUGCAAGGUUCCCAAGCAUGACAAUAUCUCGACAACAGCACUUGGCGGGAGUCUUGGAAUCUGAUUUGUCACGGUAGAAAGUCAGAAGUUUUGCUUUGACACGCGACGUAUCAGCCAAGGCGAAAGAGUGAAGACUACAGCGUACGAAGCCAGCCGAAUCGCCUUCUCCAUAGGUCGUUCCACAUCCAUUGACAUCUCCCAUGAAACUAGCUAGCAUUUCCAAAAUUUUUACCCACACCGUUGCAGGAAUGCCAAUCCCUGCAGAAACAGUGAAAUCCAAACCAACUGAUAUCGGAAGCAACGUCAUUGUGCAUUGUUGUCUUGAC